AUGUCUUCGUUGAAGGGUGAUAAGAUCCCGUGUGCACGGCUCUGCCAUAUCGUCAAGUGGGACGAUUUUGACGGCUACGGGUUCAAUCUGCACGCGGAAAAGGGGAAGAAUGGCCAGUUUAUCGGCAAGGUGGACGACGGUUCUCCCAGUCAGGCUGCUGGUUUACAGCAAGGUGAUCGAAUCAUCGAGGUUAAUGAGAUCAACAUUGCGAACGAGACCCACAAGCAGGUUGUUGAACGCAUAAAGGCCUUCCCCAGUGAGACGAAGCUUCUGGUGGUCGACCAGGAGGCCGACGAAUAUUUCAGGGCCAACAACAUCGUUAUCAAGGGCACCAUGGCGAACGUCAAGGUGAUCAAGACUCCGGAGAAAAAUCCGAACAGCAUCGUACAAGAAGAGCUCAAUGGCAGCAAUGCCUCCACAGACGAGGUGCGUAAAUACAGUUUCUUCAAAUCGAGAGUUGUCUUUCGAAAGUAGUUGCCCGGCCAAGUUGUCCGACGUACGAAAAAUCCCAUUUUCGUCCGAGCGAGUCGAUCGAUCCACCUGUUGCUUCGAUAUACGUACGUAUCGCUCUAUCUGCCUUCGUUGUGAUCUCUCACGUAGAAAUUUCGCGCACUUUUAUCAGGUAGGUGAAUCGAAUACCAACGCAUCUCUCUCGUUUCGAAUUGUUUUCAGAAACGUUGCCUUAGAAACUAUUAUCGGACGUCGUGAAAGUGCCGAUAAAGUGUCGUAAUUUACCGCAAUUUACAAAGUUUUAAAACGAUCGUUAGCGAUCAGGAAACGAUUUCUUUUUCGUUGAUAUGCCGAUUUAGCUAAAGGCUGAUUGCUUCUUUCGCGGUGAUAACCAUGCUUAACGAUAAACCAUGUUUCCUGCGACGUAUUUCUCAUAUCUCACCGUGCGUAUCUACUACGAGGAAUUUUGAUUUCACAAAUUAUUUUGACGUACAACUGCACCGUGAUUUAUAGCAAGAACAUGUUUUUUUUUUUUUUUUUUUUAAAGAACAAUCCUUAA